AUGGGCUGGGCGCUGUGGCUGGCGCUGUGGGCGCUGGGGGGCUCUGGGGCCCGGGGCUGCCUGCGCUGCGACCCCGGCUCCAUGCGGCUGCUGCGGGAGCUGAAGGGGCCCUACCUGGGCCGGCAGCUGCGGGGGGACCCGGAGCUGCGGGCGCGGCUGGAGGCCCUGCUCGAGCGCAGCCUCCAGGGGCUGGCGGAGCUGCCCAUCGGGGAGCAGAGCUACAUGGGGGUCAUCGACGAGAAGACGAUGGGAGAAGCUGCAGCCCACUUCAGACGGGCCGUGACCCGAAUCAUGGAGAAUGACUUCAAAGAUGGGCAGCUCUUCAACGAGGUGAUGUGGAGCCUGCAGGAGCUGAGAGAGACCUUCACAACCCUCAUGGCCCGAUUCCAGAGAGAGGGGCGCAUGGUUCACCAGUUCAUCGACUGCCGGGCCUGCGGCACCGAGCUCUACUCCUGCAACCGGGACCUGCACUGUGGGGCAGAGCGGAGGCUGCGGGUCCAGCAGGACGACGACCUGAUCCUGGACUGUGCCUUGACCUGGCACCGCGCCAGCUACGGUGCCAAAAGCUACCGCUUCUACCGGGCGGUGGGGGGCUCGGAGCAGGUCAUGGUCAUGGGCCCUGACGCCUUCCUCGUGAAGAAGGAGGCGACAGCGAACGACUCGGGGCGCUAUCGCUGUGAGAUGCUGAAUGCCCAGGGCUGGGUCUGCUCUGAGCUGUGCUUCCAGGUGACAGUGACUCCCCUGCUGGGGAAUAGCACCCCACCACCUGCGCCGCCCCUGCUGGGGCCCCUGACGCUGCCCUCCCCAUCACGGAGCCCAACCCCCCCGAGGGGCCCUGGAGACUGGACCGUCUGGGUCAUCAUCGGGAGUAGCGCCGGGCUGGUCCUACUGCUCAUUGGGGGCUGCGCCUGGCUCUAUCGCCGCCAGCAGGAGGUGCCAGAGAAGGACGGUGGCAGCCAGGGGGGGCCGCUGAAGACGUGACCUGCCCCCCCAACUCCAGAGCCGACCCCCCCCCAGCCCUGGUUCCUCCCACCUCCAAGGCGGGGGGGGGGAGAGCUGAAACCCACCCCCCCCGGUACUUUUAAAUAGACAGGAUUUUAUUGCCAAUGCACUGUCGUCCCGGACUCCUGGGUCCUGUCCCCACCUCUGGGUUGGAGGGGUGGAGCUGGGAGCCAGGACACCUGAGUUCUAUUCCUAGCUCAGCGUGACUCAGUUUCCCUCCCAUGGACCACCCCUCAGCUACUCCCCACCCCAGCCGGAGUUAAAAACCACAGAGUCAGCCGGUGCAGUGGGAAGGGGCUUUAUUGUGUGGGGGGAGCAGCUUGACUUCCGGGGUCCCCCCUCAACUGACCCCCCCCAGCCAGCACUUGGGGGAGGGGCCUCCCUGACCUUUGUGGGCAGAACCAUCAGAGCUGUGGAGCUGGGGUUGGGGGUUGGAACAAGGCUAUGCAGUUCCAGGUGAAUUGGGGGGGGGGAGGAUUGG